UUUACUGUAGCUGGUCGAGGUAAUAAAUAUGCUGUAUUCAGACUGGGAGGCCAUAUCUCCACAGACAUCAGACCAGUGCACCUUUCUGACUGAUAUCUUCUGGACCCUGAAAAUCGAAGCCUUCAGUAUGAACUCGAACAACGCCCAGUACGAGAGUAUGCUUUCCCUGGAUAGUUUAGAGUCACGAGAUUCCCGGAACCGGCGCCGUAUUACCUACAGAGUCAACGACGCUUACUCCUCCACCGAUGAAUCGGAGUCAGAUGGGUCAUCAGCCACGUCUGGUUAUAGUUCCCGAGCUACCAGUCCGCAUGACCUGAGCGACGUUGACGACGGUGAAGACGGUGUGGUGUUUGAGAGCACUAAACCGCUAAUCCACACACUUGAGUACAUCCUCUGCGUGCAGGAGAUGUGUGACGUCACAUUCCUUGCUGGCAAAAAGAAAGAACCAGUUUAUGGACUUCAGGCGGUCAUGGGUUCAAGGUCAAGAUACUUCUAUCAACUGUUCCUAUCAAAGAAGAAAACGCUCAAUGGUAAAUCUAAAGAGGAAAAGAAGGGCUUUUUCUCUUUCUUCAAGAAAAAGGCAAAGAAAACGGAAUCCGUGCCUGCCAAUCAAGCCUGCAACACCGGAGACAACAACAUCACCAUCGCCGUCCCCGACUACGACCACGAGGUACUCAGGAGGGUUGUCUCAUUCGUUCACCUAGGUCACGUGACAGUGACGACCGACACAGUCAUAGGUUUGAUAUGUGCUGCUACUGAGUUCCAUCUGGACGAUCUGCGCAAGGCCUGCUGGGAGUUCGUGGACGCAUGCAUGGAAGCCGACACAAUUCCUGAACUUCUCAAGUCUGGUGCUAUGUAUAGAAAACGGCCACAAGUGAAACUGUUUCUUCAGAUGAUAUCCAAGAUGCGAUAGUAUCCAGAAGAUCUCCCCGUGCUAUUCCUCGCGUGACCGAUGUCACCUAGUGCUCAAAUUGUACAUAUUACUGGAAUGAAAUAAA